AUGACGGGCCACGGUCUCCUUUUCUUCAUCCCGGGCAAUCCAGGCCUUGUCGACUACUACACCGACUUCUUCGACUCGCUCAAGGCCCGCAUCGGAUGGGCAGAUGGCCACAUCCACGUCCAUGGCCGCGAUCUGUUUGGCUUCCGCGACGACAGCCAUGAGCCCUUCAGCAAUGAGCAUCCGCCGUACGACCUGGAGCACCAGAUCGAGGCUGUUUACAACCAUCUGGCGUCGCUGCGGCGAACAGAUUCGACGCGGAAUGCGCCGGGAAAGAAGGGCGAGCCGUAUGACUUCAUCAUCUUAGCGGGGCACUCGGUGGGCAGCUACAUCGCGCUUGAGAUUUUUCACAGACAACUCAAGGACCCCUCACGUGCACCGCACCUCAAGCUUCACGCGGGUAUCUUGCUGUUCCCGACGGUUACGCACAUAGCCCAGUCUCCUGCAGGAAAGAGGCUGGACCUCAUCCGCACGACACCCAUGCUCAACAACACCGCACAUGUCAUCGCGCAACGGUUUUUGGACCUGUGGCCCGCGGCUGCAUUGCGUUGGUUUGUAAGCAACGUGUUAGGGAUGGGUACCAAAGCUGCAGAAGUCACGACGGGGUUCUUGAAAAGCCGCGACAGUGUGUGGCAGGCUCUGCAUAUGGGCAAGGAUGAGAUGAAGGUCAUCACUGAGGAGAAGUGGGACAAGGAACUUUGGGAAAUCGAAGAGGACGACCUUGGCAGUGGCAGCGGGAAGAGAAGUACGCCUAGAUUCUUCUUCUACUUUGGAAAGAAGGACCACUGGGUUGCAGACCACUUCAGAGAUCACUUCAUCCGAGCCCGUGAGAAGCAUAUUGAGAACGGCUGGGCACGAGUGGAGAUUGAUGAGAGAGGACUCCCUCAUGCGUUCUGCACUACAGAGAAGAACAGCGAGCUGGUUGCUGACAAGGUUGCACAGUACUUGAAGGAGCUUUGGGAUGGGCUUACACCAUCAGAGUCGUCGUAA